AUGGCCCUGGACAUGGGGAUCGGAUCCUUACCAAGCUCCUUGGGGUGGCUGAUGAUGAGGGUCGACCGCACCAGCAGGGUGAUAACAACUCAAGAGUUCCCCCGGACAGAGCACGGCCAACAAACCCAGCUCUUGGGGAACGACUCGGCGUUCAUGUCCAAAAAGCCAAUGCAGGAGAGGAGGGGCCGCCGGGCCGCGGGUACAGGAAUUCUCGCGAUUCCGACUGGACCCCUGGGCAGAACUCGGUUAAGCAAGCACUUGGCGGCUGCAUAUUUGGGCCGCCCCCUCUCGGUCGCAGGCGGUGUGAAGUGUGACACUCAGUCCCAGAUCUGUACUUUACUUGCAAGGGCGGGAGAGACGGGUCUCGGAUCAGGGGUUCAUGGAGUGCUCUUGAGCCAGUUAGCUGCCGCAUCUCACACCGGUCUGAAACAUCGAAACACGUUACUGAAGGAAUCUGAUAAGGAGUCAAGGAGUCCAGCCUUACUGGAGGUACAGACUAUGGGCCUCAUUAUUAAUCGACUCUCGGAAGCUUACGAAAGACAUGAUGGCAUGCCAAGGGAGAGGAGCUCCAGUGACAGCCACGAAUUGAUGCCAUAG